AUGAUGGAGUACAUUACGACAGUUUACAAGGCAUAUGAUUCUACGAGAAUUUAUCGAGAGUUACGGGUUCGUGGAGCACUAGUGAAGGGAAACCUUCUUAUGCUAUUGCCAUUAGAAAGUUUAUUUGAUGAAACAGAUGGAGUAUGGAAUCUUUCAUCUGAUCAAGGAAAUCUAGGGAAGUUGUUUGUAACAAAUUUUCGACUUGUUUGGACAUCUAUAAUUAACGUGAACUUCAAUAUUAGCAUUCCUUUCCUGCAGAUACAAAUGAUUGCAACCAGAAAAUCUAAGUUUGGAGAGGCACUCGUAAUUCAAACUACACGGCAGACAGGAUCAUAUCUUCUUGGGUUUCGAAUAGAUCCACGCGAGCGUCUCAAUAAAGUAGCGAAGCAACUUGGUAGUUUACAUAGCAUUUAUUGGAAAAACCCUGUUCUUGGAAUUACUACUGGUCAAACAAAAGAUGAAACAAUACAAAAUGUAAAGAAAAUAAAUGAAGACAUAGAUGAAUCUAGAGGUCGAACUGCUGAAGAUCACUGUGAUAUUCUUUCAGUUUAUCUAGCGGAUGGAACCAAACUAAAAGACAGAGAGCCAGUGUAUAACGAGGACCUUGGCCUUGCUGUCGAACGUCUACCAGAAAACUACACUAUUUCUGACUUGUGGAAGAUAAUACCAGAAAGGAAAAAAGAUAAAUGA